GCGCGCAAUGCAAAACACUACAACUGUCUACUGUUGCCAGCUCGCUGCCUUAUAGCUGCGUUUGUGGACUUUAAGAUAUUCAUUCUGCUUCUUUUUAUUAUGGCAGACUUGAGGGUGUUCAAUGUGGUAAUCCUGGGAAUAGGAUUUCUGCUAAUUUUCACCGCUUUUACAACAUGUGGAAACAUUGAACAAACUGUGAUUAAAAGCGUGGAAAAUAGGACCUUCAUAGGAAGUGGCUACCACAGCCUUGGGAUUAUAUAUGGAGUGUUUUCAGUCUCUAAUCUAUUUGCGCCCACUGUGGUUACGGUGCUGGGACCUCAGGUCACCAUGUUUCUCAGCGGAGUGCUGUACAGUGGCUACAUCGCCGUGUUCAUCCUCCCUGCCGCCUGGAGCCUGUACCUGACCUCUGUGCUCAUUGGAGUCGGAGCGGCCAUGCUUUGGACAGCUCAGGGACACUUCCUGGUGCAGAACUCGGAUGCUGAUACAAUCAACAGAAACACAGGGGUGUUCUGGGGUCUUCUGCAAUGCAGCAUGCUGUUUGGAAAUCUCUAUAUCUAUUUUGAUUGGAAUGGAAUAACAGAAAUAACAGAGGGCAACAGGAAGAGCCUGUUCAUAGCCCUGCUGGUGCUCUCUGUGCUGGGAACGCUGUGCUUCCUGGUGCUGAGAAGGCCACCCGUGCAGGAGGACAUCCUGUCGGAAGAAGAAGGGCAGUCCUUGCUCUCAGCUCGCGUGAUAUACAAGCAGAGGGCGGUGUCUGCCGUCAGGGAAGCCAGGUCAGACUUGGGGACUAUGCUGCGGCUGCUUCGGUCCAGAACUAUACUGCUCCUCAGCAGCUGCAUGGCCUACAGCGGUUUGGAGCUGUCCUUUUACAGCGGGGUGUACGGGACGUGCCUGGGGGCGACGGCACACUUUGGAGAUGCAGCCAAAGGCCUGAUUGGGCUCUCUGGGAUAGUGGUGGGGGUCGGGGAGAUCCUCGGUGGAGGCCUGUUUGGGCUGGUGUGCAGGAACAGCCGUCUCAGACGCACGUCCGUGGUCUUCCUGGGCAUGGUGGUGCACUUCGUCGCCUUCUACCUCAUCUUCCUCAACAUCCCGGACGACGCCCCUCUGGUUACGAGCAGCGUCACGCAGCACGAGCCGUACCUGCUGCCCAGCAUAUCCAUUGCCUUGCUGUGCAGUUUCUUGCUGGGGCUGGGGGACAGCUGCUUUAACACCCAGCUCUACAGCAUCCUGGGCUGUGUGUACGGAGAGGAAAGUGCACCUGCCUUCACCAUCUUCAAAUUCAUCCAGUCCAUAUGUGCAGCCCUGGCCUUCUUCUACAGUGGAUACCUGCUCCUCUCGUGGCAGCUGCUGCUCAUGGUGCUGCUAGGAUUUGUGGGAACUCUCUGCUUCUUCCUGGUGGAGAAGAUUCAGAACCUGACCGAAGCCUUGGAACAACCGUAACCGUCCCGGACAUCUCAUCUCAUCCGUUCACUUUCCGUUAUACGGGGCCAAAAUUUGGUAUCGUCUCAAACAAAGGAUAUGCACUAUUUUAUAUCAGCUUUAAAUGAAGUAACUCAGUGCAAUACACAAAUAAUAUUAUUAUACAAGUUAUUUAUGUGUUAAGCAAACGGUCACUUGAGAAAGACUGUACAUUUCAGUUUAAUCUUUGUACAUUUCAGUUUAAUCUUUGUUAGGCUCAUCAUGCUGGCCUUCCUUGUACAUUUUUCUCAGGGCUGUAUAAGAAUCAUGACCUUUCUGCACCAGAGACAGCUUUAUGCUCUAAUAGUACUUUAACGUCAGAUAUUAUUGGGACAAUCACAUAAUAAGAAUUAUACUGUGUGCAGGAAUAUAUUUUUUACUUUAAUACAUUUUGACAGUUAUGGUAAUUUAUGAUUGUACUUAGCAGGUAAGUUAUGGAUAUGUCCAGCUAUUCAUGUUCUGUGAAUAUACAGAUGAAAGUCAGUUUGGCACCAAAGACACCUGACAGUAAUGGAGGCAAAUUCACUAUGAAUUUCACUGUUCAAUUCCUUUUAAUUACACCAGGAAAACACAUUCUGAGGUUCUGAUGAUUUUUACCAGUGCAAUUGCUAUAUACAAGACUUCAUAACUUCACAAUGAUAACUUUACUACAUAAUAAUACAUUUCACUACAACAAUCAGUACCAUUUCAAAAAAGAAAUACCGCAAAAAUAAAGGACCAUUGUUCGCAGUUCUUUUACACAAGGUCACAAGGUCAAUGUAAUAUCACAACUUAUGCCAUUUGUUUUUGUUCACUGUAAUGCUACAAGUCUAGAUCAGAGUGAACAUUUUAAAAAUGUUUGUUAGUUAUGCUUAUUUUUAUGACAGUAUAGAGAGCUUCUUAAAGUGUGACCAAAAUAACAUUUUAAUUUUGUGUUUCGUUUGUUUAAUCUACUGACAUUGGCCUAGAUGGCUUAUUUGUGUUUAUUCAUGUUAGUGUUUUGUAAUACUGACAUUGGUGUUUUUUAUUGUGUUUUUUUGUGUAUUUUUACACUUUUAUAUUGGAAUAAAGAUGUAUGCCAUUUAUUUAAA